GGUUGUGGUAUAGUGUUUGGUAGAACAAGAGAAUGUUAGGCCCAAAGUGCAUCACAAAUCCUGCAGUCUUCAAUGGAAGCGGUGGAAUAGGCCAUGUUGUGAACAUUGGUGGCCUCAAUACCUAUGUUACUGGCUCUUCUUUCUCCUUGCUUUCCAUUAUUCUUAUAUCUGACAUCUUUGGAUAUGAAGCACCUAACUUGAGGACGAUAGCAGACAAGUCUGCGGAUGCUGGAUUUUUCGUGGCAGUUCCUGACUUCUUCCAUGGAGAUCCCUUUGUGAGUGGUAAUCCUAAUAGGACAAUUGAAGAUUGGAUUAAAGACCACGAUCCGGUUAAGGCAUCUGUUGAAGCAAAAUCAUUUAUAGAAGCUUUGAGAAAAAAAGGUGUUUCUUCUGUAGGGGCUGCAGGCUUCUGUUGGGGUGGGAAGGUUGCGGUUGAACUUUCGAAGACUGACUAUAUCCAAGCUUCUGUGUUACUACUUCCUUCAAGAGUCACUGUGGAUGAUAUCAAGGAGGUUAAGGUUCCAAUUUCGAUACUUGGAGCCGAGCUUGAUGGCAUGACUUCACCAAAAGUUUUGAAACAAUUUGAAGAGGUUUUAGCUGCAAAGUCUGAUAAUGUGGAUUAUUUCAUCAAGGUUUUUCAAAACGUUUCGCAUGGGUGGACUGUGAGAUAAAAUGUAAGUGAUCCAGUGGCUGUGAAGAAAGCAAAUGAGGCUCAAAAGGACAUGCUGAAAUGGUUUGUUAAGCAUCUUAAGUGAAAACAUUUUUCAGAGAAAGUACUUCAAUGUUACAUACAGAUCGUAAAGAGUGUGAAACUUUCCAAUUCCUUGUUUUCUUUUUAACGUUUUGAAUAAUAUUUGG